AUGGCUACUCGGAAAUGCGCAGCGGUUGUGAUAGGAGCCGGCCCGGCUGGAGUUGCCGUCAUGGGAAACUUGUUAGAGCGCCAGUUGGGUACCAUCACAUGGAUUGAUCCUUCUUUUGAGGCUGGGAGAGUUCAUAGCAAGUAUCGUGAAGUUCCCAGCAACACCAAGGUUUCAUUAUUCCAAGCGUUCGCAAAAGCCACACAGCCUUUCCAGAAAGUGAUCGAUAACACCAAAACACCCAACGCGUUCACUAAAUUGGCCAAACUAGACCAGGAAGCUACCUGCACCCUUGGUUUCGCAGCGGAUAUGGUUCGCGGUCUAACAGAUGGUCUAAUGAAGAUGGAGGAAGUAUAUGCGUGCCAUGGCUUUGUCAAAUCGGCCAACCUGAACGAAACGACCUCCAACUGGACCAUUUCUAUCAAACAAAACUCAUCCGAAAAUCUCGAAACCGUCGAAACUACCCGCCUGAUCCUCUGCACAGGCUCCUUCCCCACAGAAGCUCCAAUCCCCGUCCCUGGACUUGAUAUUCAGCGCUUGGACCUUGACAUAGCCCUCAAGCCCACUGCGCUAGCAGAGACCAUCCCCUCGGAUAGACCCAUCUCUGUUGCCAUCGUCGGCGCAUCCCACAGCGCCAUCCUCGCCAUCCUGAACCUCACCAAGCUCGCCCAAACCUCCCACCCUCUUCUGCGCAUUAGUUGGUUCACCCGCCACCCCCUCCGCUACGCAGAGUACCAGGACGGCUGGAUACUGCGUGAUAACACCGGUCUCAAGGGCCUGGCUGCUGAUUUUGCUCGCUCCGAGCUGGAAGACGAAAAGCUUCCUACGUCUCGCGCUGGUCAGGUCCUGGCCAAGAUCGACUGUGCUGGUGGCCAGGAGAUCGAGUCUGCUCAGUACCACAAGCAUUUGCCCGCAUGUGACUAUCUUGUCCAGGCGGUUGGGUAUACCCGUACCUCGCUCCCUGAUCUCUCGAAGAAUGGUGUGCCCCUUCUCAUGAGUUUUGAUCAUGACAACGGUACAUUCCAUGAGCCCGGUUGUUCAGCUGUUAUCCCCGGACUGUUCGGUGCCGGUAUCGCGUUCCCUGAGCGGGUCGUGGACCCACAUGGAAAUGAGGAGUACGCGGUUGGGUUUUGGAAGUUCAUGAAGUUCCUGAAGCGGGUCAUCCCGUCGUGGGUUGCGUGA